AUGGCGAACUUGGCAAAGCUUAAUUUUGUUGCCCUGGAUAUUACUGGAAAUAACUACCUUACCUGGGUAAUGGAUGCCAAGAUCCAUCUGGAGGCAAGAAAUCUUGGGGAAACCAUUAAUGAGGAUAACAAUACAUCUUCUCAAGAUCGGGCGAAGGCUAUGAUCUUUAUCUGUCGCCACCUUGAUGAGGGAUUGAAGAGCGAGUACCUCACGGUUAAAGAUCCACAAACCCUCUGGAAGGCACUGAAAAAUAGCUACAAUCACCAGAAUACAUUGAAGCUCUGUGGAGAAACGAUCACUGAGGAGGAUAUGCUGGAAAAGAUUUUUAGCACUUUUCAUGCCUCCAACGUGCUCCUGCAACAGCAGUAUAGAGAAAGAGGCUUUACUGAGUACAACCAGUUGAUAUUUGUACUCUUCGUGGCUGAACAAAACAAUGAGCUUCUGAUGAAGAAUCAUCAGUCCCGGCCUACUUGA